GACGUGCCCGCGCUGCGCUGCGCGCUGCAGUGGCACCGCAAUGGCUGCGGGCUGCCGCCGGUGCUGCGCGGUGAGCUCAUCCCGCGCAGCGCAGCGCCCAGCGCAUCGCCCAGUGCAUCGCCCAGCGCAUUGCCCAGCGCAUCGCCCAGCACAUCGCCCAGCACAUCACUCAUUGCAUCGCCCAGCGCAUCGCCCAGCACAUCGCCCAGCACAUCACUCAUUGCAUCGCCCAGCGCAUCGCCCAGCGCAUCACCCGGCACGCAGCACGCACCCGCCGCCGGCCGCGGCCUCCCCUGCUGCGCUGCGCUGACUCUUCGCUGGGGGUGUGUACAUGGGACCCUCUUCCCACCUGAGACCAUGCCAUCAGGCUCAUACGUGAUUCCAUGAAAUUUUGGACAUCCAGCCCUCACCGGGACUGCCCACGUCGACCAGAUGUUUGGGGGAGAGGAAGGGUGCUAAUCCCCAGCGCUGCUGUCUUCGGUGAGUGAGAAGAUGUAGCGGGGCGCGGCGAGGAGGAGCAGCCGCAGCGCCGGGACGGCGGGGCCUGCGCCAGCACCCCACCACGCCGCCUCACCAUGUCGAGGAAGGGCGCCAGCAGCCGUGCCCGGGGAGAGAGGCCCGAGGCCUUGGCCGCCCUGCAGGCUGCCAAUGAGGAGCUCAGGGCGAAGCUCACCGACAUCCAGAUCGAGCUCCAGCAGGAGAAGAGUAAGGUCAGCAAGUUGGAAAGAGAGAAAAAUCAGGAAGUUAAGCAGAUCAAAGAACACGAACAGCAUAAAAGUACAGUGGUGGUAACAGAGCUCAAAGUCAAACUUCAUGAAGAGAAAAUGAAGGAGCUCCAAGCUGUUCGAGAAGCACUUCUGAGGCAGCAUGAAGCUGAACUACUUAGAGUAAUAAAAAUUAAAGAUAAUGAAAUCCAGAGACUACAGGCCCUUCUCAAUGCUGUACGUGAUGGGGCUCCUGACAAGGUGAAAACCGUGCUGCUUUCAGAGGCAAAGGAGGAGGCCAAGAAGGGGUUUGAAGUUGAGAAAAUAAAAAUGCAGCAAGAAAUUUCAGAACUUAAGGGCGCUAAGAAACAAGUGGAAGAGGCUUUAACUAUGGUCAUCCAAGCUGACAAAAUUAAAGCAGCAGAGAUAAGGAGUGUGUAUCACCUGCAUCAAGAGGAAAUCAGCAGAAUUAAGAGGGAGUGUGAGAGAGAAAUUCGCAGACUGAUGGAGGAGAUUAAAUUUAAAGACAGAGCAGUCUACGUGCUGGAAAGAGAGUUAGGGGUUCAAGCCGGGCAUGCUCAGAGACUGCAGCUCCAAAAGGAGGCUUUAGAUGAACAACUUUCCCAGAUCAAAGAGUCUGAUCGGCAUCUGAGCAGCCCCAAGCGGGAACUUCCUUAUGCAAGUGGUGCAGGAGACGCUUCAGAUCAUUCAGGAAGCCCCGAACAGCAGUUGGAUGAAAAGGAUGCCCGGCGUUUCCAACUUAAAAUUGCUGAGCUGAGUGCAAUCAUCAGGAAGCUGGAGGAUCGCAAUGCGCUGCUGUCGGAGGAAAGAAACGAGCUGUUAAAACGUCUUAGAGAAGCUGAAAGUCAGUAUAAGCCCAUCUUGGACAAAAAUAAACGCCUUAGUAGGAAAAAUGAAGAGUUGUCACAUGCUUUGCGUCGAAUGGAAAAUAAAUUAAAAUUUGUAACACAAGAAAACAUAGCAAUGAGGCAAAGAGCUGGAACAAUAAGGAGACCGAGCUCUUUAAAUGACCUCGAUCACAGCCAGGAAGAGAGAGAAGUUGAUGUUCUGAGACUACAGGUUAUUGAACAGCAAAAUAUCAUUGAUGAACUCUCCAAGACCCUGGAGACAGCUGGCUAUGUGAAGAGUGUCAUGGAACGUGAUAAGCUGUUAAGGUAUAGGAAGCAAAGAAAAAAAAUGACAAGAAUUCCUAAGAAGCCGGUUGUGGAGACGUUUUUCGGCUAUGAUGAAGAAGCUUCCUUGGAGUCUGAUGGUUCCUCCAUCUCGUAUCAAACUGACCGAACAGAUCAGACGCCGUGCACUCCUGAAGAUGACUUGGAAGAGGGUAUGGCCAAGGAAGAGACAGAACUGCGGUUUCGACAGCUGACGAUGGAGUACCAGGCUCUGCAACGAGCAUACGCCUUAUUGCAAGAACAGGUCGGAGGAACAUUGGAUGCAGAACGAGAAGUUAAGACACGUGAGCAGCUCCAAGCAGAAAUACACAGAUCUCAGGCUCAGAUAGAAGACCUAGAAAAGGCCCUCGCUGAGCAGGGUCAGGACAUGAAGUGGAUUGAGGAGAAGCAAGCAUUGUACAGAAGAAAUCAAGAACUCGUAGAAAAGAUAAAACAAAUGGAAGCAGAGGAAGCUCGCUUAAAACAUGAUGUCCAGGAUGUUAAAGAUCAAAAUGAGCUCCUGGAGUUCAGGAUCCUGGAGCUUGAAGAGAGAGAAAGAAGAUCGCCUGCUAUCAACUUUCAUCACAUUCCUUUCACGGAGGGGAAAAGCCCUCUCCAAGUUUACUGUGAAGCAGAAGGUGUAACAGACAUAGUAGUAGCAGAUCUGAUGAAAAAAUUGGACAUUUUAGGGGAUAACGCCGUAAGUAAUCUGACCAAUGAAGAGCAAGUAGUUGUCAUACAAGCAAGGACAGUUCUCACAUUGGCUGAAAAGUGGCUACAGCAGAUAGAAGUGACUGAAUCCGCACUGCAGCAGAAGAUGCUGGACCUUGAGAAUGAAAAGGAGCUGUUCAGUAAGCAAAAGGGCUACCUGGAUGAUGAGCUCGACUUCAGGAAACAGUCCUUGGACCAGGCUCACAAGCAAAUUCUGGAAUUAGAAGCCAUGCUCUAUGAUGCCCUGCAGCAAGAAGCUGGAGCCAAAAUUUCCGAACUUCUUUCAGAAGAGGAGAAAGAGAAACUGAAGAGCGCCGUAGAGCAGUGGAAGCGCCAGGUCAUGAGCGAGCUCCGGGAGAGGGACGCCCAAAUCCUGCGUGAAAGGAUGGAGCUCAUUCAGCACGCACAGCAGAGAAUUAAAGAACUAGAAGAAAGAAUUGAAGGCCAAAAACGGCAAAUAAAAGAGUUAGAGGAAAAGCCUACUGAGGAAGCUGGAAUUGGUUCUACGGUUACUAACAGGAAGACAGCAUUGAUUACCAAGAUAGAAAAAGAGACAUUGCGAUUUCAGAAAAAAAAACACACAAUAUAUCUCAUAUUUUGCUACUGGAGGUGGCAGAACUAAUCUUUAUGGCCCUUUUAGACUAAAGAUGAACUAUCUUGGCUAUGUGGAAAUUUCUGCACAGGUGGAGUCUGCACCACUGAAAUCUCUGACUGCAUUUUCAAAAGCUGGAACUAAGCUGUCAAAGAAGAAAGCCAAAAAACCCCUCCCUCUAUUAACAGUUACAGGCUUCUUCUACGGAGUCCUGUCUGUUGCUUGAAAUAACUCUCAGCUUUACGUAAGGAGCAGUAUACUAAUUCAGAUAAACUGAAUAUAAUUUGGUUCCCUGCUGAGCAGGUAGUAAAUUGCUUCUCUGUAGAAGUGACCGUGUCCUGUUUUAUAUGUCAGUCAUUUAUAUUUGUGAUUCAUGGUUAUUUAAGAAUCUGUAUUGAAAGAAGAUUUUAGAAGGAGAUCCAGAGGAAUAACUCACCAAAAGAUAAAUGUGAAUGAAAACAACGUGUUUUGUUCCAAGUUAUUUUGUCAUAACACAGGGUCUGUCCAAUGGUUUGUUGAAUAUCCCACAAUCCCAGUAUUAGGGGAAAAACAUGAAGCUCCAUUUGAACCCUUCAGGAACUAAAGUUGUAAUUGUUUUAGAGUUUUCAGUAGGCCACAUCCCACAGCACAAUGAGAAAUCUGGCACAAUAAUUUAUAGUUUGCCAUUCCUGAAUGAUGCCAAAAGGCUUAAUGUUGUCCCAGCAAAAAGCUCAACUUGAAAAAGAGUGAACCUGGAAAUACAUUAUCCCUGGUCCCAGCGGUCUGAGCUGUGGAAGGUGACAAAAGGCAAAAGGAAGCACAAGUGCUGCAGAGCAGGAAUACCAGAAGGAGGGGCUCAGGAGCCAGGAAAAGAAAAGUGGAUCUUCUACAAAAACAGGUGAAGGAGGAAAAAUCCAAAAGAAAUCCAACCAGUAUACUUUGCCAAAUGGGAACUGAACCUGAGUGCACAAAUCUGGAUUUGGUGGUGAAUGCUAAGAACUUCCCUGAUUACAUUGUUCCUACAAUCCCCAGCAGCACAGGAUGUUGGUGGAGAACUCUGCCUGUCCCUUGGAAGCAUAAGGCAGACAGCAAAACCAAAGAGCUCCUGACAGGUACCUGUACUGCUUCCGCAACUUAUGUUGAGUUUAUAAGCGAAGAAGAAAAUCCCUUGAUACUGAAAUCCUAAAAAACCUCCAGAUGAUUGUACAUCAAUCGUCCACUUUAAACUGGACAGUGUGAACAGCAAAGGGAGCUAAGCUACAAAAAUAUAAGAAAAUGAAUUAUUCAUAAAAGUGUUAUAUUUGUACUGAAGUAGUAUGACAAAACAUUUUAAAGCAAAGGUUAUGGAUUUUGGUAUCAGCAUAUGAUUAUACUGUAAGAGUGAUUUAACUAAUUCCAGUUCUACCAGAUAUGAGCAUCUAUACUGGAAUUACGCAGACGUGCUAAAUUUUUACUUCCCCGUUUUAUGCAUAAAACGUUGUUAAAUCCUAAGUGUCCAUUUUGAGUUCUCCUUAAACAUGAUGUCUUAACAUACUUCAUUGACUUGGAAGAACUGCAAACAAUAGUAUGUGGUAACUACCUGCAGUCCAAGACAUUACUCGACUCUGGUGGAGACGUUGUUGGCUGGAAGUCUGCUGGAGCGUCCCAUGCUGGCAUCUGUCGAAAUGCCUUAACUUACCGCCUGAACACGGCCCCGGCGCUCCGGGGAGCACAGGAGCACGGAAGCUGCUAUCAGUGUGAAUAUGCAGGAUAUCUGCUGCGCUGUUCAGGACCUGGAACAGCGAGGACCAGUGUCUUUGGAAGUUGCUCGGAUACAUUUCACCUCGGUUUACUCAGGCCAUGCUUCUGCAUGUUGUGUAUAUACGUCGAGAAUUUCAGUUCUGCUUCCCCCUAAAUUAGGCUUUCUUAAUCAUGUUUUCUUUAACAAAAAGCUAACUGUAUAGGACAGAUACAUGUGUAAAUAAGGGAUUAUGCUUAUGUAUAUGUUAAUAUUUACAUGUAAAGAGUUAUGUACAUAGGAAAGAAAAAAAUGGCUCAAAGAAUGUUUUAAAAAAAGUUUCUUGUGUUUAAAGGCACAGACGGGACAUUUACAUAAAUGUGCUAUUUAAUUUCAACAUAAGCGGUUUUUUGCUCAGUUUUCCGUCACUUUUAUGUUGAUCCCAUCGGGGCUUGGUGUGACAAGCAGGGCUUUGUGCAGCUCACAGGGUCCUCGGCCGCAGUGAGAAGCCAUCCUGGCGAGCGGAGCCCUCACCGGUGAGACGAGCUGCACCAGACCUCGGCUGCUGCCUUCUUACGCAUGGCUCCUGCGUGGCUCCUAAAAGCACGGUGGUCUCAAAGCCAUGGGGCCGCGGGAGGGGGCAUUCCCCGAAACUGGGCUCUGUCUCAAGGCGUUCCUCCUGCAGCCCCCCCAUGGGUGCAAGCCACUGGGGCCCAGCCUGCCCGAGCCUGGCGAGCGCCUGCUCCGCGACCAAGCGGCCGUAAGCCGCAGCCACCAGCCCUGCUCCUGCGUGCACCCUGUGAAGAUGCCCCAAGCCUCCUUCAAACAAUGGCAAGCCAGGGGGGCAGACACAAGACAAACCACGCGUAUCACCGCUUUCAUUACCGAUCUAUUACCAUAGCUAUGUUUGCCUACUGGAAUUUGAAAAGUACGUAUAAAUGCAGUAGCUCAUAAAUGUAGACUUUCUGAAGAAAUGCCAAAAUAGUCAUAAAUGUUCACAGUCCAGGUAACGAAGCACUUGGGUUGAUGUGAACCACGAGUUGUGCUGACCGAUUACAGCAUGUGCAUAGCAAUGCGGAUUUUUUUGAUUACGUCUAAACUAAAAUCCAUUCGAAUUGCAGCUUACUUCGUCAACAACCGUAUGUUGUGCGUUUCAGGCCUGUACUUCUUGUUCAAGCUGUUGAAGGACUGUGGCUAUUAGUUAAAGUAUUCUGCUCUAGAAAUAUCUGUAGCCUUCAGUGUAUCCUCGAGUGCCUUACGCAGCUCGUGAACAAAACUACUGACAGUGAAGAGGAGACGGGAGUCAUUCCUGGUGGUCUGAUGCCAAAUCCCCUGGCGUCUCCAACGCCACCGCUGAAAGCUGGCAGUGGGCAGUGUGUUUUAGCACAGUAAUGGAUUUAGUUUAGACUCAGGAAAUUGUAUUGUGAAUAUGUGCAUUAAACCAUGUACUUACGUAUUGUACAUUUUAUAAAAAGGAACUAUUGUAAAUUUAUGCAAACUGUAAACCAGAGACAUUUUUUUUUUCUUCUCCCCCCCUAUGGCCAGUGUGCCGUGACUUGUGUUCUCUAAGAUAAUCUCUGAAUAACCAUACCCUGAAUACGUAACGUUUGGUUCAGUGCUGAGACAGUAAUUGACAGGCCUAGAACAGGGCUGGAUUGAUCAAUUACAGAAUUUUACACAUAUUUUUGUAUUGUGAUUCAUAUGAUAUAUAUCAAGAGACUUUCUAUUCAUUUGUAAAAUACAUAAAUUAUUGUAAGCUUUUAAUAAAAAGAUC